GCUCGAAAUAGCGAGAAAGCACAGUCCAUGCUCUUUCGAUUCCGUGCUGCUCAAGCUGCAGAUCUCGGAAUCCUAGAUAUCGGACGGACACGCCGCCCAAAAGCUAUCACUUCGAUCGAUUCUAUCCCAGUUUGCGAAAAAUGGCGCGGCCAAGUUCUCAAAGAAAUAUCCCGAAAGGUCACACGUAUACAAGAUCUUAGUUUAAGCGAUUUUCAAAUCAGAGACCUAAACGAUGAGAUCAACAAACUCAUGAGGGAAAAAUGGAUGUGGGAAGUUCAAAUACGAAAUCUGGGAGGACCAAAUUACACGCGUGGCGGCGGGAGAGUAUACGAUGAGGACGGGAAAGAGAUUCCUGGUGGUGGGAAAGGAUACAGAUAUUUCGGUCGAGCGAGAGAACUGCCUGGAGUCAAGGAGAUGUUUGAGGCAGCGACAAAAAAGAGAAGUGCCUCUGAAUUAGACGAUACGGGGGGGCGAAAGAUGGAUAUUGAAAUGUUCAAAAAACAUGUUGAUGCGGCAUACUUUGGCUACGGCCUAGACGAAGAGGAUGGAUCAUUACUAGCGUACGAGAAGAAGAAAGAGAAAGAGGCAUUUGAAGCUGUGUUGAAGAAGGGCGACGAUAAACCCAUUGAUGGGUGGGAGCCGUUGCCAGGUGAUGCAGGUGAUGGUGUCGAAUGGCAGCUGCCUACACUAGAUGAUGUCCAGGAAGAGCUAGUGGAAAGACGAAGAAGAAAGCUACUUGACAAGAUUGGUUAG